AGAGGAGAGGAGAGGAGAGAGAGGAGAGGCCGCGCCGCUGCGGACUUAAGUCGGGGGCCCGAGACAGACCGCCAGUACCAUGGGCGCCGUGUUAGGCAUCUGCUCCCUGGCCAGCUGUAUUCCGUGUCUCUGCAGCAGUGCACCUUGUUUGCUAUGUAUCUGUUGCCCUAACAGCAGAAAUUCCACAGUGACCAGAUUGAUCUACGCAUUUAUUUUGCUCCUGGGCACUUUUGUGGCUUGUAUUAUGCUGCUACCUGGAAUGGAAAUGCAGCUAAAAAAGAUUCCUGGAUUUUGCGAAGAUGGCUUUGGCACUGAACUCCCAAACAUUCAUGGCUCUGUGAAUUGUGACGUGCUUGUCAGUUACAAGUCAGUUUAUCGAAUCUGCUUUGGAAUGGCUGUGUUUUUCUUUAUAUUUUCUCUGCUUUUUGUCAAUGUAAAAUCCAGCAGAGAUCCCAGAGCUGCAAUACACAAUGGAUUCUGGUUCUUCAAAAUAGCUGCCAUCAUAGGCCUUAUUGUAGGAGCCUUUUACAUCCCUGAAGGACCGUUCACCCGAGCUCUGUUUGCCAUCGGUGCAGCUGGUGCUUUCUUGUUUAUAUUAAUUCAGCUGGUGUUGCUUGUUGACUUUGCUCAUUCUUGGAAUGAGUCUUGGGUGGGAAAAAUGGAGGACGGGAAUUCCAGAUUCUGGUAUGCAGCCUUGAUCUUCAUCACCAGUCUGUGUUACACCUUGUCUUUCAUAACAGUAGUGCUUUUCUAUGUGUUCUACACCAAACCUGAAGAAUGUACCAAGAACAAGUUUUUCAUCAGUUUCAACAUGAUCCUUUGCAUUGCUGUGACUAUUAUUUCUAUUCUUCCAAAAGUACAGGAAGCACAGCCUCGCUCUGGCCUCCUUCAGUCUUCAAUCAUCACCCUGUACACAAUGUUUCUGACAUGGUCUGCGAUGUCAAAUGAACCUGUCCGAAGGUGUAACCCUAGCUUGCUGAGCCUUAUCCAGCAGCAAGCAUCACCAACAUUGAGUCCAGCCAAUACAAGUGCAUUAGUGGUACAUGGAACAUUGCCGCCACCGACUUUAAUCCAGUGGUGGGAUGCCCAAAGCGUUGUGGGGCUUAUUGUCUUCAUUCUGUGUCUGCUGUAUUCAAGUAUUCGCACCUCCAACAACAGCCAGGUAAACAAGCUAACAUUCUCGAGAAGCGAAGCUGUUAUGCUGGACGAAUCGAUGGCUGGAAGUGCUACGGAUGUGAACGACGGAGAUGGAGUACGAAGAGUUCAGGACAAUGAGCAGGACGCAGUUCAGUACAGCUACGCCUUCUUCCAUUUCAUGCUUUUCCUGGCUUCACUCUAUAUUAUGAUGACGUUGACAAACUGGUACAGCCCAGACGCUGAUUUUAAGACCAUGACAAGCAAGUGGCCUGCCGUUUGGGUGAAAAUCAGUUCGAGUUGGGUUUGUCUCCUUUUAUAUGUCUGGACAUUGGUGGCACCCCUUGUACUCACCAACCGUGACUUUGACUAAAGUGGUGUCUUUUUGUUUGAGCAUUAGUUGUCUCAAAGGAAACAGAGUUCUUUUAUCAAACAUGAGACCAAAUCUAUAAGUAUGAUUUUUAAAAAAAAAUCUUUGCAUAUCUGAGAAUAUUUAAGGGGCCAUACACUGGAUGACUGUGUUGCAACAAGCAUGAGAAUGUUUUUAGCCAUAGCGAUGCAUGCUGAGAUAGGGUAAAUGCACUUUUUUUGCAUUUUAUUGAAAAGGGUCAGAAGGGAAAGCAAAAUUUGUUUUGUUGAGGUUGUUUAUUGUAGAUUGUAACACAGUGGUGAUAUCAGCAGACUUUGCAACUAUGUAAGUUUCUAUAUGUUAUACGUAAUGCUAUAUUUUUCAGAAGAAAGCUUUGUGCUUUCCUUGACCAAGAUAAUUUCUGCCUAAUGGCUAUUGCUUUUAAGAGAUCUGCGCUCUUAUUUUGUGCGGUGCUGUAUUUUAUAUACAUGUUGCUCUACAUUUCGAGAUUUAAGAAAUGAACAUUAAUUAUAACAAAAGUUAACUUGUCUUGCUUGUAUGAUCGUGGCUGUGACGGGAGUAAAAAAUGGGCUGAUAAAACAAUGGGCAUAAUUUCGAAUGCAUGUUGCAAAUGAAGCCAAAUCCAAAUAUUGUCUUUUUUAAAAAGAGGGUUAAUGAGAAAAUUAAAAGAUGUACUGAGCGGAUGAAUGUUCAUUUAUAUGCCAAUCAAAGUUGCAUUCAACAUUUAACAUUUUAUUAUUAAAGCACUGG